GAUUUACUAUACAGAAUAAGAAUUGAUACCGCACGGACUUUGAAAAGCAAAAUGAAGUUUGGAUUGAUUCAGAUGAUGAGGAAACAGCUAAUUCCUCUGAUUGGCAUCAUGACGUUCGCUGCUGCUGCAGCCACAUUUGCCUCCCUCUACUUCCUAUUUUCAAAGAAUGAUGUCAUUUUAAAUAAAAGUAGAAACCCUGAACCCUGGGAGGGAGUGGACCCAUCUAAACCACAGAAGCUGGUCACUAUCCACCAGAAGUGGAGGCCGAUUGAAGAACUGGAACAGGUGAAGUGUAUGACCAAGUGA